AUGGAUUCCACAAAGAAGGUAAACUGGAAAAAAACAAUAAAAGUACCGAACAAAAAGCACAUUACGGGCGACUUAGAUAAUACUGCACCAAUUAGCCAGAUAUUAGACGAACUUCCAUAUAAAAAUAAAGAAGCUUUCAAAUUUUUUGGAAGAAAUCUGCGUCAAAGAUGGUCCUUAAUGAAACACUCUUUACUUCCUAAUUAUCCCUUAAAUACUUUCAAUGACGAUUGGGAUGGACAAUUACUAUCAAAUUAUUUUGAGCCAUUAAGAUACAAAAGUGUACCACCACAGGUGAUCACUUGCAUACAUAAUAUAGGGAAAAAAGAUCCUGUUGUUGAAUAUAUGCAGGAAAAAUUGGAAUGGAAUAGAAAACUUCUAAUUCAUGCAUACACGGCAAGCGCUUACAAGUAUGAGCAGAGGCUUGAAACACUCAAUGAAGAUGUUAUUAGCUGCCCAAAAGCCAUAGUUUCUAUGGCUGAACUAUUAAACAAUGAUCCUGAGCCAUUCUUUGAUGCUAACUACAACUGGUACUAUGCAGGAUUUGGAAAUUUACAACUAAUUCUUUUAUUUGAUAGACAGUACUUGAUGUAUAGUGAAUUUAGCAUUUUAUAUUUAAAAGAUUUUAACAAAAAGGAAGUUAAAAUCACAUCAAAUGAACCAGUAGCAAGUUUUGAGUGUGGCAAAGAUUGCAAUAUUCUUGAAGUUGUACAUUCUAUUGAAAGCAUACCUAUUGUUGCUGUUAGAACCAGGAAUAUAAUAUUUAUACUCAAAAUAAAAACAGGAAAUGAAUUUGAAUUUGAAAAAAUAACUGUGUUAGAAACAGAAAAACCAUUUGUCAGUAUAUCAUUUGACAGUUUUCAUAAAAAAGUUUUAUAUGCAACGCUUAUAGAUUCCAAUAUGUAUUUAAUUAAUGUAGAAACAUUGCUAGCAAAGAUAAUAUUGUUAAAGGCAAACACAAACAAACCCUUAAAUAAUUGGAAUAUUGUUCUUUCUACUAAAAGAGAUUAUUAUGUAAAUGUAUCAGGAAAUGCGAUUCAUGUGUAUGAUAAAAGAACGAAUGCCUUAGAACAUGCUUACAACAACAUUAAGUCUAUUGUUGAUGAAACUUGCUGCAAUCCAAUAACAGUUGCUAGACAAUUUGAUAGUAGUAACUAUUUAUAUUUCGGUACAAAUCACCAUUUAUUUUUGCUGGAUCUAAGAUUUGUGAAACAAUAUCAACUACAAGCUACUCAACGUUGGACACAUGGCAUGGAAUUUCCUCCAGUUUACAUAAAUAAGUGUAACUUUGAAAGAAAUAAGGAUUUACUGUGUUUAAGUAGUCAAUGGUGUGAAGAUAUGUGUGUUAUAUCUGAUAAUAAAAAAGGUGAGUUUCUUUCAUCUGACAAUAGUAUUACAAUACCAUAUCGGCCACCCAGUAUUCUUUCUGUUCUUCAAGAAGCUAGAUCCCACUUAUCAUGUGAUGAUAUUUAUAAUCCAUUAGAUAGUCGUCUCAGUACUGCAAUAACUGGAACAUUACUUAUUGAACAAGCCAAUAGUUAUGACAUCCUAAUGCUAAAUUCUUUAGGUGAUAUUACCCAUCACACUUUAUAUCCAGAGCACAUGAAUAGUAUAGUGGAAGAUGACAGUGUAAGGCAAUUACAGGACUGGUCAAAAUCAUAUAAAACAAGUGAAAGAAUAUUUGAAGUCUCAACAAUGAUUAAUAUUGCUGAUGUUUGGAAGAAACUGGUUAAGAUCCCAGAAGAUGCACAAUUGGUAACUGAUGUUGAAGAUGAGCAAUUUAAUAUUGAUGAAAUAAAGGAAACAUUUGAAAAGGAGGAAAUAGAUGUUGAACUUAAAGAAGUGUGGCUAGAAGGGAUGGAGACAACAGACGAGUAA